AUGGUCCUUAUGGUAACAUCUGAUGGCGAGGAGUUCAUUGUUGAAAAGGAAGUUGCGACCCGCAGUGCCCUGAUUAAGAACAUGAUCGAAGAUCUUGGUGAAUCGGACAACCCGAUCCCCUUGCCCAAUGUUUCAGCCAGCGUUCUGAAAAAAGUCCUUGAAUGGUGCGAGCAUCACAAGAAGGAUCCCGAGCCCUCCGCCGAGGAUCCUGAUGACGCUCGGAAACGAGCCACCGAGAUAAGCGACUGGGAUACCAAGUUCAUCAAUGUUGACCAGGAGAUGCUAUUCGAGAUCAUAUUGGCUGCCAACUACUUGGACAUCAAGCCUUUACUGGACGUCGGAUGCAAAUCGGUUGCCAAUAUGAUUAAGGGCAAGCAACCCGAAGAGAUUCGGAAGCUCUUCAACAUUGCAAACGACUUCACCCCAGAGGAGGAAGCCCAGAUCAAGAAGGAGAACGAAUGGGCAGAGGACCGAUAA